GAAGUAGGAAAGUAAUAUAAUGUUUCACAGUUAUUUUUCAGUUUUCAAUUUCAUCUUGACGUUAAUGUCGUUUGUAAGUUAAUCUUUCGAUUGAAUUUAAUUGUUAAAAUAUUGAUUGCUGUUUUUACUCCAUCGAAUACAUUUUUCGUUUGCGUUCAUUGUUCGAAUUAUGUUGAAAACAGUGUCGUAAAUUUUCAUCUGUAGUAUCUGCAUACCAUGUAUAUCGAUCAAACUAUUAAAGAGUUAUGAGUCAAUUGUUAUAAGAUUUACAUUUCAAAUGUUGAAAGUAGUACAGAUGGGCAUUCAAGCUUUCAUGGUGUUAGCCUCGAAGGUGUGGGCCUGCAUAUGCUUCCUAAUAAAACGACAGAUUAAAACUGUACGCCAAUAUCAACCAGUUAAAUAUGGAGUGUUUCCUUUAUUACCAUUGUCCAGGCAUAGAAUAAGUAUGGUAAAACGGAAAGUUUUGGUGCUAGAUUUAGAUGAGACAUUAAUUCAUUCACACCAUGAAGGUGUCCUACGUCAUCCGUCCAAACCAGAAAUGCCACCAGAUUUUAUUUUAAAAGUUACCAUUGAACGACAUCCAGUAAGAUUUUAUGUUCAUAAAAGGCCACAUGUUGAUUUUUUCUUAGAUGUUGUUUCUAAAUGGUAUGAGCUGGUAGUAUUCACAGCUAGUAUGCAAAUUUACGGUGCUGCAGUCGCUGAUAAAUUAGACAAUCGAAGGGGAAUAUUAAGAAGGCGAUUCUAUAGACAACACUGCACACCUGAAAUGGGUUCUUAUACUAAAGAUUUGACAUCAGUUUCAAGUGAUUUAUCAAGAGUAUUUAUACUCGACAAUUCACCAGCAGCAUACAGAGCCUUUCCUGAUAAUGCAAUACCAAUUAAAUCAUGGUUUUCAGAUACUUCAGACACAGCAUUGUUAAACCUCUUACCAAUGUUGGAUGCAUUACGAUUUACAGAUGAUGUACGUAGUGUAUUAAGUAGAAAUUUACACAAUCAUAAUUUAUGGCAAUGAUCUGUUCAAUAUAACCUGUUGAAUUUCUUAUUAAAUAAUAUUUUGAUUAUUUAAAUAAUAUAAUGUGAAUAUACUAACUAACUUAACUGACUUAAAGCGCAAAUAUUUAAUUUAUAUUAGUAUAAAAUGUAAUAAAUAAUAAAAGAAGUGUGAUACCUACUAUUUCAACAGCAAUACUUUCAUUAAUAUUCAUUUAUUUAU